AUAGUGCGCUCAUAUUUCCUCAACCACGCUCAAGGUGCUUCGUUUGCGCAAACCACAUUUUAGCGCGUGACUAACGGACCAAUAAAAUAAGUGAUAGAGAGAUAAAAAAUAGGAUAGAAGUAGCAGGUUUGAAGAACAGGGAACAACAGCGUGCCAAAGACAGUUGCCAUCAUGAUGUCCUACAGGAUAUGCCUGGUAGUGUUGGCGACAGCCAUAUUGUGCAGCAUCUUAGUGGACUCAUGUGAUCGGAUCAACAUCUGCUCUCGCGAACAGUGUAAAACUGCUCGCCUGUGUCAAUCGAAUCAAGAUGAUGUACACAAAUGUGUGAAGCAUCACAAAGGCGGGACAACUUGCUACUGCUUCCCUCGCUGCGUGCAGAACUUGGGUGAAUGCAGAAAAGAUAGGAUAUGUGACUUGGUGGACUGUGGGUACUAUCCUUCCAAUGCCACCCAUACUGCGGUCUAUCCAACUGGAAAUUGCAACUGUUGCGAUGAACUGAUCGAUAACUGUCUCCUUCGCCAGCUGAUUUCUCAGGGUUGUAAGCGCUUUUAAGCCAUGCUGAGUGAUUCGACUUCUAAUACACGUAAUAAAUGUUUUGUAUAUACAACUUUA